AUGUCAAAUGUUCCAGAGUUUAUUGACAAAUGGAGGGUCAUCAGUGUUCUUGGUGAGGGCUCUUUUGGUCAAGUCUACUGUGUUCAGGACAGGAAUAAUAAGCAAAGCCCUUUCUAUGCUAUGAAGGUUGAACAGAAGCAGAAAAACCGCAAUGACGAAGUUCUUCGAAUGGAGCUCCAGGUUAUGCAGCAUGUUACUGGAAGGUUCUUCUGUGAUAUUGUCCAUAAAGGACAAACCGAGAAAAUUACGUUUAUCGUAAUGACAUUGUUGGGGAAACCAUUGGACGAAAUUCGACGGGCACAGGCAGGAAGACGCUUCAGCAAUCCUACAGCAAUGAAGAUUGGUAUGCAGAUGAUAAGAGCCUUCAAAAAGCUCCACCAUGCAGGAUACAUUCACAGAGAUGUGAAACCUGCAAACAUGGCUCCAGGUUAUCACCAUCCAGAGUUACUUCAUCUGUUUGAUUUUGGGCUUUCUCGCUAUAUCUUCAAACCUGACGGUCCAGGUCAUUUGAGACCAGCUAGGAGUAAAGUUGCCUUCCGUGGAACAUAUCGGUAUUGUUCCAUCAAUGCGCACAUGUGUAGAGACCAGGGAAGAGUGGAUGAUCUUUGGGGGCUUUUGUACUCUCUCAUCGAGCUGUGCACAGGAUCACUUCCCUGGACCGGUAUGAAGCAAGUUGAAAGCCUGAGUAUCAAAACCGCUAUCACGGACGAUGAACUCUUCCAGGAAUGUCCUCGUUCCUUCAGAAAGGUCAAAAAGAAGCUCGCUCAAUUCAAAUUCGAAGACCAGCCAGAUUACGAUACUCUUCUAAUGAUGCUCUACAGAGAAAUUUUUUCUCUCGGAGAACAGAAGCUUCUUAAAGAACCAUUCGAAUGGCAAAUGCGCUCGGAGGAUAUGAACCCGUUCAAUCAUACAAAGCGUUGCAAAGAAGAAGACGAGGAGAACACAAUAGGCACAGUCGAAAGCGAAUAUGACAGCAUUGAAAGUAGAGGGGAUACAGAAACACAUACAAGAACUGUAGAUGACACUCUUGAUGACCUCAACGAUGAUAAUCUGAAGGACAAAACUAAAAUAUGGGAGGAACAGAAGAAGCUAAAGAAGGCUGGGGGAAGUGCGAAUAAAGAGAAAAAUGGCAAAAAUAAGCCGGCAAAAGGAACAAAGCCGCAGGUGAAAUUCGAGGGAAAAACUAAGGGAACGGGAGUGCCAAAGAAGUAA